UGCUCGGCCCACGUGUUGCUCACAGCCCGGCUCCCAGCGCAGCGCUCGCGGAUCGCGGGGCGGGUGCAAGGCGGGGGCGGGCCUCUGCGCCCGGGGCCGCUUCCUCUGGGUAUAAACACAGCAAGCAGGCGCCCAGGCUCGACACGCCUCCCAUCGGCUCAGGUGCCUCUUCUUUGCCGCCUGCUUUCAACUCCCGGCCUCACCUCGGCUCCAAAUGGACCCCAACUGCUCCUGCCCCACUGGCGGCUCCUGCAGCUGCGCUGGCUCCUGCACCUGCAAAGCCUGCAGAUGCACCUCCUGCAAGAAGAGCUGCUGCUCCUGCUGCCCCGUGGGCUGUGCCAAGUGCGCCCAUGGCUGCAUCUGCAAAGGGGGCUCGGACAAGUGCAGCUGCUGUGCCUGAUGUCGAGCAGAGCCUGCCCCACGUGUCGACAGAGCCACCCGGACAAACCUGCAUUUUACUGUUUUCACACAACCUGACCUGAUGCUACAUUCCUUUUCCUAUGAAAUAUGUGAAUUGUAGUAAAAUUUGUUGGCUCUA